GAUGAAGAUGCUGGUGAGAAAGACUAAUCUGACAGCAGUAAUCCCGCAGUGGGGGGCWGCUGCUGCYGCUGCGCGCGCGCUCAUGUGUGAGUCUGCUGCCGCUGAGGGUCCGGUACCGUGACGGUGAGGAGGAUGAUCCGGCUGACUGGACUCACCUGUGGACCCGAACCGUCAGGAUGCCUCACCUGAGCCGAGCUCUGCUCCUGCUGCUCUGCCUGCUCCUCACCGGGGAGGCCCGCAAACACCGACACCGGGUGCGCAGAUGGACCGGAACCGUGGAGAGCCAGAAGCACGGAACGUCCGGCCAUCCCUGUCGGAGUGGACGUUCAGGUGGAGAGCUUGGACAGCAUUUCUGAGGUGGACAUGGACUUCACCAUGACUCUGUACCUGAGGCACUACUGGAAGGACGAGCGCCUGUCGUUCAGCAGCAGCACCAACAAGAGCAUGACGUUCGACGGGCGCCUGGUGAAGAAGAUCUGGGUCCCCGACGUCUUCUUCGUUCACUCCAAGAGGUCCUUCAUCCACGACACGACCACCGACAACAUCAUGCUGCGAGUUUACCCAGACGGACACGUGCUCUACAGUCUGAGGGUGACGGUGACGGCAGCCUGCAACAUGGACUUCAGCCGGUUCCCUCUGGACUCUCAGACCUGCUCGCUGGAGCUGGAGAGCUACGCCUACACGGACGAGGACCUGAUGCUGUACUGGAAGAGCGGAGACGAGUCUCUCAGCACCGACGACAGAAUCUCGUUGUCUCAGUUUCUGAUCCAGAAGUUCCACACCACGUCUCGUCUGGCCUUCUACAGCAGCACAGGCUGGUACAAUCGGCUCUACAUAAACUUCACGCUGCGGCGCCACAUCUUCUUCUUCCUGCUGCAGACGUAUUUUCCCGCCACGCUGAUGGUGAUGCUGUCGUGGGUGUCGUUCUGGAUCGACCGGCGGGCCGUACCUGCCAGGGUCUCUUUAGGUAUMACCACCGUGCUGACCAUGUCCACCAUCAUCACCGGGGUCAACGCCUCCAUGCCCCGCGUGUCCUACAUCAAGGCCGUGGACAUCUACCUGUGGGUCAGCUUCGUCUUCGUCUUCCUGUCUGUGCUCGAGUACGCCGCCGUCAACUACCUGUCCACCGUCCAGGACCGCCGCGAGCGCAAGAUGAGGGAGAGGGCCCGCUCUCAGUCGCUSCCCUGCACCUGCAGCAUCUCUCAAACCAGGACCAUGACCAUGCUGGACGGGACCUACAGCGAGGCCGACACCAACAGCCUGGCCGGGUACACAGAGGAGCCCAUGGUCCCCGAGGACGAGCUGGAGGAGAAGCACAAGGUCCCCGAGAAGUCCGAGCACAUGGUGGUCCACCUGUCCAUGAGCAGCGAGUCCGCCGCCACCAAGAAGAGGAAGAGCCUGCGAGCCCUCAACAUCAUCCAGAACACUCACGCCAUCGACAAAUACUCCCGGAUGAUCUUCCCUGGCUCCUACAUCUUCUUCAACCUCAUCUACUGGUCCGUUUACUGCUGAGGGACACCAGGUGGGGACAGGAGGACGGGACAGGACCCGAGGACAUUCGAAGGUCUCUGACUCGACGUAUUCUUCCUCACGCAGCAGCUCGAAUGUUCUUCACCCGACAGCAAACCAGAAACUCAGAAUGUUCGGUUUCAGCUUCGACGAGAGGAAAAACUGACAGGAUUCACUUUUAAUCUGUUAAUCUGAGGAACGUUUUACUGAGAGAUUAACUCAGACGGAACCACAACUUGAAACAAAAYCCACUGUGAAAAAAACUAUUGAUAAAAACCCAAAAGAACCAAAGAGAAAAACUCAACUGACGACACAGAAGAGGAGUUAAAACUAAACAUCCUUCAUCUGUUUACAGAUAAACCUGAAAUCAAAUUAUUUAAAAAGUCUAAUCCAGUUAAAUCUAAGAAUAAUCCAACUCACCGCUGUACACUCAGAUUAUUUCUUAAAUGAAACUUGUUGUGAAGAGCCGAACCAGGAAGUGUUCAGGUCAGAUGUGUGCACGUGAGUGUGCACGGAAACCAGCUCCUGAUUUAGGUUCAGUUGAGGUUUAAUUAAUCCUGAMUUGUUUCGCUGUUUUUGACGCAUCUUCAAACACAUUCCUAUAAAACAACUCAUCAGUUUGAAAACAUUCAAAAUAAUAAAAAUGUUUAUUUCACA